UUUGAUGCAUAGGAAAAGAAAAAUAUGUGAAUACUACGCCAAGGUCAUGGGAACUGAAGAAGCACUGCAUCCUGUGCAUUAUGAAGAAAAGGACUGGUGUAAAGAACAGUACUCAGGUGGAUGUUACACGGCAUAUUUCCCUCCAGGAAUCAUGACCCAGUUUGGAAGUGUUAUUCGAAAACCUGUUGGAAAAAUUUACUUUGCUGGAACUGAGACUGCAACAGAAUGGAGUGGAUACAUGGAAGGUGCUAUAGAAGCUGGAGAACGGGCAGCCAGAGAGGUUAUGUGCAACAUGGGACUUAUUGGAGAAGAUACAAUAUGGGUGCCUGAGCCUGUGUCUGAGGAUGUUCCUGGCCUGCCAAUCACAACAACAUUUUUGGAAAGAAAUUUGCCCUCAUCUCAAGGCUUGCUGAGAUUCCUUGGAUAUUCUGCCUUCUUUGCCACAGCAGCUGCUGGUGUUAUAGCCUUUAAGAGAGGUUUUGUAACUUUUAAUAGCAACUUUAACAUUAAGUAGAUUUCUCAA